AUGUAUUGGGAGAAAUCCAAAGAUACAAAUAACCAACUUGUUUGUGAAGCCAUAUCUAGGAAUAGGUUCAAGUAUAUUAUACAAAAUUUACAUUGCUGCGACAAUAAUAAUUUGUUGAAUACUAAUGAUAAGUUUGCUAAGAUUCGCCCUCUUAUUGACGCACUAAAUAAAAGAUUUAUCGACUUUGCACCCUUUCAGGAGAAUCAUAGUGUAGAUGAAAGUAUGGUUCCAUAUUUUGGACGCCAUGGAACCAAGCAGUUCAUCAAAGGAAAGCCCAUCAGAUGGGGUUAUAAGUUUUGGGCCGGUACUACGAAAACUGGUUAUGUUGAAUGGUUUGAGCCUUACCAGGGUUCGACAACAAUUAUUGCGGAUGAAUAUAAAGAAUUAGGUCUUGGAGCUAGUGUAAUUCUACAGUUUGCUCAUGUUCUUCAAGAAAGAUUUCCCAAUACUCCGUUCCACUUAUAUUUUGACAAUUUUUUUACUACACUUGCUUUGUUGGAAAAACUGACAGAUAUGGGUUUGAAGGGAACUGGAACUAUCAGAGAAAAUCGUUUAGGCAAAGAGUGCAUUUUGACUCAUUCUAGCAUUUUGAAAAAAAAAGAUAGAGGUUUAUUUGAAUUUUGUACUUCAGAUGAUAACAAAAUAAUCUUAUGCAAGUGGCAUGACAAUAGUGUUGUCACGAUUGCUUCAAAUGCCACCAAAGUUAUGCCAACUUUACCUGUAAAACGAUUUUCUCAGAAAGAGAAGAAAAAUGUAUAUGUUCCCCAACCUCAUGCUAUAAAAAAAUAUAACGAGAAUAUGGGAGGGGUUGAUAGAGCGGACCAGAACAUUAGUCUAUAUAGAACGUCAAUAAGAGGAAAAAAAUGGUAUUUUCCCCUAAUUUGCCACUGUCUAGAUAUGGCUUUACAUAACGCGUGGCAGCUUUAUCGAGAAAGUAAUGGCAAAAAGGACCAUUUACAUUUCAGGCAGUCAGUUGCUCUCGGUAUUUUAGAAACUUUUAAAAAAUCAUCGAAAAGAGGCCCUAGUCGCAAUUCUGCUAAUUUACAUGAGCAUUCGAGAUAUGACCGACUAGACCAUUUAGUUACUUAUCAAGAAAAACAGACAAGGUGUGGUAUUUGUCAUAAAAAAUGUAAUUUCACCUGUCAGAAAUGUGAAAUUGCAUUACAUCCUAAAAAUUGUUUUGUGAGUUAUCAUACAGCUUAA